ACAAUGUAAUUGUUGAAAUACCAAAACCAUUUGAUGAGUAUUAUAGCCGUUUCAUAUACCUUCAAUCAUAAACAAGCUAAGAAACUUAUCAUUUAUUUUAAAAAAUUAUACUGAUAUGAAUACGGUGACUUAGAGCAUCGAUCAAUUGUAACAAAUAGCUAAACUGACUAAUUCAUUCAUAGCCAAAAUACUAACCGAUUUGCAAUCAUUCAUUACAUUUUUAUCAACAACUUUCUAAUUUUUAAAGAUGAUUUAUUUUGAACCUGUCAAGCUACACAACAGCGUUGAUCAAACUGAUAGCGGAAGCUAAAUAAAUAAAGUUAGGAAGGAAGUAAAAAUAAAGCGACGAUUGACAGACUAAGGGUUCCGCCAGUUAGCCUGCAGUGAAGGGCAAUGUUGCAAGCUGAACUUGAAAAAUGAGAUCCACCGCAUAUGAGACACAGCCAGCGGCGUAAACUUGUGCGGCAUCGACGAUCACGCGAAAGCUCCGUGACUGUGUUGAUCGAGGGGGAAGAGCGUCGCGACAAAAGAGGAAGAACAAACGGAAAAAAGCUGAGUUCGAUAACAGGUGCGAAGCUUCGAAGAUUGACUAAUAAUAAACGUGGAAGUGUCGACGCUGACGAUCCUUGAUGUGCGGCCAGCGGUGGCGUUAAGGUCAGGUGGAGCGCAGAGCAACGAAUAUCGGGCGUCGCGAGCGCUCAACUGGCAGUCACUCCGCUCUCAACCCGCCAAGCUUGCGCAUCAUACGAAUAUCAAAGUACGCACGCAGCCUCGUUCCCCGUCGACGUUCAUACGAGUGCUCGGUUUUGUUUCUCUGUGACGUUUCGUGUAAGAACUUGCCAAGUGCGAGAUCGCUAUCCGAUAGCUUAGUUGCCUUUCCUCCGAAAAUCCCCUAUCGCGGAUCCACCAGUACCGCACUUUAACGCCAAUUCUGUAUUCGAGCAGAUAAGUUUCAUCCGGCGUGCGUUUGUUGUAUUUUUUGGCAACAUGUCGAAGACCAGGAUCUGCAUCGUAGGGAGUGGCAAUUGGGGCUCGGCGAUCGCCAAGAUCGUGGGAGCGAACGUGACCAAGUUCAGCGACAAGUUCGAGGAGAAGGUGACGAUGUACGUGUACGAGGAGAUGAUCGACGGCAAGAAGCUGACCGAGAUCAUCAACACCACUCACGAGAACGUCAAGUACCUGCCGGGACACAAGCUUCCGCCUAAUAUCGUCGCCGUGCCAGAUGCCGUUGAAGCGGCCAAAGAAGCCGACAUCCUGAUCUUCGUGGUACCGCAUCAGUUCAUCCCUGGACUGUGUGCCGCUAUGCUUGGUAAAAUCAAACCAACCGCUGUCGGCCUAUCACUCAUUAAGGGUUUCGCGCCAGCUGAGGGUACGAAGAUUCAAUUGAUCUCCAAAAUCAUCGAGGAGAAGCUCAAGAUCCCGUGCUCCGUUCUCAUGGGUGCUAAUCUUGCCAACGAAGUCGCCGAGGAACACUUCUGCGAGACUACCAUUGGCUGCAAGGACAAAGCGAUGGGACCGAUAAUGAAGGACUGCAUGCAGACGCCCAACUUCCGGGUGACGGUCGUCGAGGACACCGAGGCCGUUGAAGUUUGUGGAGCUCUUAAAAACAUCGUCGCUUGCGCAGCAGGUUUCGUGGAUGGUCUGGCAUUGGGUGACAACACGAAAGCCGCAGUUAUCAGGCUGGGAUUGAUGGAGAUGGUAAGAUACGUGGAUAUGUUCCACGGUGGUUCCAAAAUAUCCACUUUCUUCGAGAGCUGCGGCGUUGCCGAUCUGAUUACCACCUGCUACGGUGGUAGAAAUCGCAAGGUCUCCGAGGCCUUCGUCAAGACCGGCAAGUCAAUCGAAGAAUUGGAGAAAGAAAUGUUGAACGGUCAGAAACUGCAAGGUCCGGCAACAGCCGAGGAGGUGAACGGUAUGCUGAAGGGAGCCAACGCCACCGACAAAUUCCCUCUAUUCACGGCUGUUCAUUUGAUCUGUACGAAGCAACUCAAGCCCCAGGAUUUGAUCGACCAGAUUCGCAACCACCCAGUUCACCAAGCGUAAGCCGACUCGACUGACCGACGAGAGUGUGUCUCGGACGAUUAUCAUCUAUAUCCCGCACGCCUUCAAAAAAACACUCUCACACACACAUUCACGCUGCAAUGAGAGGCGAUUGAGCGCGCUCGUCAUGUGAUAUGUAUAAAUUAUUUAUAUACAGCUGAUUGUGCAUGAUUGUACUACGUCUCUUCGUUAACAAUCACCUUUGCACCUAAACCUACAUAUUGUAAAUAUAUGUAUAUUGUAUCUAUAUAUCUCUGCCUUAGUGCACAGCUAUUUGAUGAUUCUUGUAAAUAAAGUGCACUAACUCUU